AUGAGUUUCACUACGUCAAUUAUGUCCGAAUUAAAUACGGUAUCGACUUCAAGCUCUAGUAUAGCCGUGGCUAGCAUAUUUCAGCGGGAGCCAUCAGAGAACCAGAUAUAUCUUUUCACAACUUAUCAAACUUGGAUGCAAAGGGUACUAGCUAUCUCAUCGUCGAGUACCUCGAUCGUUUUCUGCCUAGUUUCAUUAUACGCCUUCUUAGCGAUAGACCCCCGGAGAUUGGUAUUUAGACACCAGUUGAUUGCAUUUUUAUUAAGCUUUGAUUUGCUAAAGGCAGUUGUGCUAUUGUUGUAUCCUUCAUUAGCAUUGUCAUACGACCUGUCGUAUUAUGAUCCCACGUUAUGUCAAGUAAUUGGUUUCUUCACGGCGGUAGCCAUCGAGGGCGCAGACUUGGCCAUUUUGGCGUUUGCCAUUCAUACAUUUCUUCUCAUUUUCAAACCGAACUUAUCCAUAAGGGUGGGUAAUAGUGGUUUUGUUGAGGGUGGCUUGUUUAAGUAUCGCUAUUAUGUAUAUGGAUUGUCAUUCGUGAUACCGAUUGUGAUGGCAAGUCUAGCAUACAUUAACAAGUUGGGAUAUGAUUCGCUUAUUUGCUGGUGUUAUCUUCCACGGUCUCCAACAUGGUAUAGGUUCGUUUUAAGCUGGGUACCGCGUUACAUUAUCGUGAUUAUUAUUAUAACAGUUUAUUGCGUUAUCUAUUUCCACAUAAUCAGAGAAUUUAAAGUAGUCGGCGGUAUGUUCACGACUAUGCAUAGACAAAGACUACAAGGACGGCCAAACAGCUUCCAGCAUGAAAAACCGUCAUUUCUUUCCGCUAUAAAAUACUUCUGCAGAGACAUGAAGGAUCGAAUUAUUCCUCAGUUUGUCUUACCCGAAGCCAAGAAACAUAUAAGUACAGAAACAACCCCAUCAGAGUAUAUAACCAGCAAUGCAGAGGAUAAGGACGAUGAAAAUAAUACGACUAAGCCAAAUUAUGGGGUGGAUAUUGAGAAUAUCAUGGAUGAUCCUGAGAUUCAGGAACAAAAUUUAGAGCAAUUUAAACAAAGACAGAAACUCAUUGCUAAGCAAAUGAAGUCUAUUUUCGUAUAUCCAUUUGCAUACUGUUCUAUUUGGUUGUUUCCUUUUUGUCUAAGCAUAACUCAGGUCAACUAUGAACAGACACAUCAUCCAGUAUACUGGCUAAAUUAUGUGAGUGCAUUUAUGAUGCCAUUUAAUGGAUUCGUUGAUACAUUAGUAUUCUUUUACAGAGAGGAGCCAUGGAAGUACACAAUAUUAAAAAAUUUCGAAAGGGAGAAUGCGUUAAGAAUGAGCGAGAUGUCACAUUACGAUAGUUUACAAGAUACUAAUUCACUAACUACGAGUACAAGGUUUACAAAAAGGUCACUUAGCGCAAGUAUGGGACUUGACAUCAAUAAUUCUUCUAAAUGGAGGAAAGUUUUGAACUGGCUAGGAUUACCAUUCUUCCAAUUACCCACCGAAGAAACAAUCGCAGCAUUUCAUGCAAAACUUGUGAAUGGUGAUAUUGAAAAUAUAAAGGCCGACCAGUCAACCGAAGGAAUAGGUAAUGACGGCAUGACUUUGCAAUUUCAUCAUGACUUUUCCAAUAUCUUGAACGUGGAUGUGUCAGAGAACGAAUUCAGAUCGGGCUUGAAUCGCUACUCAUUGAAUAGUUCUCGCAAUAAUAUGAAGAGUUCUGAAAAUUCCCAUAUGUCUAUCACGAAUACAUUAAUGGGCAAAAGAACAAACAGUAAUGCAUCAUCUGUAAGAUCACCAAGGUCUAGUCGAGCUUCAUUUAGUGAUAUCGGCGAAGCAGGUAAUAAAUCGAGAAAUUCUUCUUUAUCUGAUCUAUCACAGAAGAAUAAUAUAAACUAUCAUCUUUCUCCAAAUCCGAAUAUUAAUAAGUUAGUGAGCUACCAGAAACUGAAAUCGAAACGAGGCUCUACUAUGCCAUCUCAUUCGCCUGCAGUUUCACAUAGACAUCUGGACAAACGAAAUAAUAUCAGAACUGCAAAUAAUUUUAGAGCUAAAUCUGAUACAGACGAAAUUGACUUCAUGGAGUUUUUGAAGAGGGGCUCUUGA